CACGCAACGUAGGAGAGCGAGAGAUAAUCGACGAUGUACUCCACGUUGGCGGAACGACAAUCAUCCGAUACGUUCGACGACGGUAAUGCGAAACGAAAGAAUUCAGAUUACGCGAAUAAGGAAAAUACGAAGAAAAAACAAACAUUCAACAAUGUCAACGCGCGAGCCGAUCCUCCCCGCGUUUUGGCGCGACGAUACACAUUGACGAAAACGGGAUACAAGUACUUGGACAUCGGCAUCGUCGUAAAGUCACCGUCGUACGUGAACAUCGUACUCGGAGAUUGUCACGGAAAGGAGAUCUCGUUCACGAUCGACGAGUGGAAGGAACUGGUGAAACUAAAAUCUACGAUACUAACGACACUUCGCUCCAACAACAACAACAACAACAACAACAGCGCGGAAGACAGCAUGGAAUUGCCUACGAUCGGAAACAACAUUUUCCUGCGAGUUGGAAAAAUAAACAAUCUACCUAUUCUACGUUUGGAACAUCCCUCUAAUCGAUUGAUCCUAUCGCUCUCUACCGUGAUCAUUAUGUUCGACCACGAUUACUGCGUCGAUCGCAUCGUCAAGGCGCUCUCACCAGUGACGAGAAUCGUUGACGCGAAAGUCAAACGUUUCCAGGAGAUCGCCGCAGGCCUCGACAAUCCCGCCGACGGUCCGCGCGCGAUCCGUGAAAGCGCGCAUUUCGAUGCCAACGAUAUCGUCGAUUGCGAACUAGCCGUUAUCUGUUUCGGAUUCUUUUAAACAUAGCGUUCUCGGUUUCGUAUAA